AUGCCUAUCAUAAAUUUUAAUGCCCAUCUUCAACUUUGAAUUGUUUUCCAAUCAACGGUCCAGUUUAGUUUUUCAGACAAAGAAAAAGGUAAAGUUUGGCAUGUCGGCUUAAAAGUGGCCAAAUCUAUUACAAAAGUGGUUGCUGAUUAAUUUUCUGUCAUUUUAGCUCUGAUUCACUCUCCUGCAUACGCCAAAAAAACUGAGGCCAAGAGGUUUGGCAUGAAAUACAACAAUAUAUAUUAAAUCUCAUUAUAUACCAGUAUCUUGAAAUCAAAGUGUUAAGGACCCUAAAUACACAAUCUGAAAGCUACAAGAGAUAAAGAAAAUCUCCUCUAAAUCAUGCAGCUUUUGCUCAGUUAGCCUGCACCAAUGUCAAUACAACUCCAAACCAAAGCCAAACUAACACACGAGGGACUUUAGAGCGCCUCUGUUUUGCAGUCAUGGGUUCUUCAGAAUGUGUUGUGAGGGUGUGGUGAGCCUCAGCACCUCUGUAUUAAUUGACUGAGGGGAGUUUUUAUUGGACAGCGCCUCGUUCUCACCUCCUCAGUCCUGACAAGCAGAAUCACUCAAAUACGCAGGACGGCUCUGUUCAACUGGGAUCACUUGUGGACAAAGAUAAAGAAAAAGAACUCAGACCUGAAGAAAAGGCAACAAAGGAAGUCAGGAAAAUCCGACCGAGAUGCCUCUGAACGCAGGAGACACCAGCUACGGCAGCGUGCCAGGCCCCGGGCUGCAGAGCGCCGCGGGCGGCUCCGAGGCGGUCCCGCUGCUCAUCCCGGAGCCGGAGUCCGGCCGGCAGUGGGAGCCCAUGAACCGGCGGGAGCUGGAAGUGACCGCCGGUGGUCCUGGGUGGAGGAAAGUGCGGUGUUACCUGGUGCUGCUGUUCUGGUUGAGCUGGGUGUCCAUGCUCGCCGUCUCCAUCGCCAUCAUCACGAUAAGCCCCCGACCGGUGGAGGCUCCGCUCCGCUGGUGGCAGAAGUCUGUGUUCUACCAGCUGGAGCCGGAACUGCUGCUGGAGGCCCGAGGGUCAGAGGGCAUCAGUGCUGUGUGUGAGCAGCUUCCCUUCCUCCGGUCUUUGGGUGUCGGAGCUCUAAUCUUGGAGGGUCUGUUUAAAAAGGAAGCAUCUCCUUUAAACCUCACUGCUGUUGGCAGAAACUCGGGUACAGAGGCUCAGAUCCAACAUCUGCUCUUAGAGAGCAACAAAGCAGGUGUCAAAGUGGUGUUAGACUUCUGUGAACUGGAUCUGUCGGGACAUCAGGAUGCAGCAAGAAACUCACACGAGCCGUCAAACUUUUCGGCUUCAGUAAAGCAUGCACUCAGGCACUGGUUGGAGAAAGGUGUAGCCGGUUUUGCAAUCUGUGACACCGAUGCAGCAUAUUCAGAAAAGACUCUGCUGGAGUGGAGAGGCAUCUUCAAGGAGUUCAGCGCUGAGGAGGAGGAAAGGAUUGUGGUGGUGAAACAGACGGCAGACAUUCUUCGUCCACUGAACAGCUCCGGUCAGAUCAACGCUACGAUGGUGAAUGUGGUCAUGAGGUCCAUUCUGCCGUAUUCACAUCACAUCCUGUCCACUCAGGAAGUGGCCGAUGCAAUAGAGAAACAUCUGCAAACACAAGAAGGAGAUCUGUGGCCCAGCUGGACUGUUGGAGGUAAAACAUCUCAUGACUUGAAGAAGCUCCUCAUGGUGCUGAUGAUGACUCUGCCAGGAUCACCUGCGGUCCAGUAUGACGAACAGAUCGACCAAACACAGCAUGUGUAUCUAGAAGUGGAUGGGGAGACGGAUGAACCAUCAGACACCCAGGCACAUCCAUCCCUCAAGGACAAACGUUCGGCUGCAGCUCUCUUCACCUCCCUGAGCCGCUCCAGAUCCAGAGAAGAAGCUCUCCUGUACGGCAGCUUCACCUUCCUCCCCUUCAACACUUCCUCCAGCUCCUCUUCCUCAAACUCCACUUUCUCCUCUCCAUCAUCUCCUCCAGUCCUGGCCUUCCUGCGCUCCUGGGGUUGCGUCCAUUUCCUCGUUUUGCUCAACAUCGGGCCUGAGGUUCACCCUCUGGAUCCUAACUGGGCCUCGAACCUGCCUGAAGCUGGAGUGUUUGUGACCAGCACAGGGAUGGAUCGCUUGGGCUCGACGUCUCUGGACACACUUCAACUGCAGCCGCAUGAAGCCAUCGUGAUCAAACUGUUCAAGGAAGGAGGCUACUCGUAGAUCUUCUGUGGGAUUUGACUUUUCCUGUCACAGACAGACAAAUAUGUGGCAUAAUUAUUUUUAAAGGUUCUGAUUGAUAUGUGCUCAGUGGCCACUUAAAAUAAAGGAAUGAUUUGAUGUGGUAUUGCGCUGUCAGGAUGGUACGUUCCUCAGUGUACUCACAGAUACAUAAAUGGAUAUAUGUUUUAUUUAUAGUAAAAUCUCUCCAUUCAUAAAUUAUGCAGAGACAAGCUGAGGAAACCAGUUUAAAAUGCUGAUACAGGCUGAGCAUAAAGCAUGGACUAAAUAAUUAAAGACAUGUCAGGCAUAUAUAGAUUUUGGAUCAAGUCACACAAAAAUGACAGGAUUAAAUCACUUUACAUGUAAACAGACUCUAGUUACAUAGUCUACACUUUUCAUGCAGUGUGUGUGCAUAAAUUGUAAAACAACAAACAGUUCCACAGUGUUUUGACUGAUUACUACAAAAGCUUUGGGGUUUUUGUGUAUUUUCAUUUCCAGGUAUGUUUUAUAUUUUAUACUAAAUGGUCACCCACGCUUAUAGUUCAGUUUGUGUUGGGUAAGACACUGGAAUAGUUGCUAAAUAAAGACUAGAACAAACAGAAAAUCUUUUCCUUGACGUGAAAACAAUGAGAGUCAAUGGAAACUAUUUAAUCCUAAUCAAGGAAGUUCAUCUCGUGGUUAAUUUGUAUGAUGUCCUUCCUCCAAACACAUGGUCGGUUAUUAUUAUUAUCGCUGCAGUUUGUUGCAGUUAGUCACUUAUCUCAGUGGCUGAUCAAGCUAACCACACUGAGCCACAUUCUAAUUGCUCUGGUGUGUAAUCUGUUUCUCCCUUGGGUGGUGAUUUGUUGAGCAAUUCCAGCCUGGGAGGCAAAUGAAGGUUUGUAGUGAUUUAUAGAACUUCUAGUUAAUCCCGUCUGCCACUUCAAUUGUCAGUGAAGAGAAGUUGCAUGAAAAACUAUCAUUCAGAAUUGCACACGCAGUUUUGGAAGUAUACACUAGUUAACCACACAGUGGUGCUGCUGUAUCAGCCACUGCUCUGCUGCUCCUCUUUUAUAUGAGGCUUUCAUGUCAAUAUUUAACAGCAUGAGUUUCUAAAGAUGGUAAACCAAUAAGAGUGAGAUAUUACACAAGGAACUGUCAUAACUGUUAAUGUUACAUCUCACUUUUAAUUUACAAAGAGGCCCUCCCUAAUUUUCCCACAGUCCAGCAGUUUUAAAUGUGUGUUUUUAGAAUUUCUGUUACUCUGAAUCAUAUACCAUGUGCCUACUUAAAACCAUAUCACAUUUUACAUUUUGUCAAACCAGAUUAAAUUAAAUCUGCCAGUCUGGUGUCCACAGCAGGCUGUACCAAGAUGUUUGAUGACCAAAAAGGUUAAUUAAUUCACAACAAAAAAGCAUUUUGUUUGCCAAAACAAGAUCUUUCAGACAACACCCUGUUAAAUUUCAGACAGUUUUCUCCAUAAUGAUAAACCUAAUCAUAAAAUCUCAGUGUUACUGUUGGGUCAGACUUUUCUUUUUGACAAUAUCUGAAAAUUAAUAAUAUAAUCUGGUUUCCAUUUAUCAGUGUUAGAUACGUUUUCAUCUGUCGUCAAGGGUUGUAACAACAGAAAAACAGCUGAUAAGCUAAACUUUAACAGAGGUUUUUACCUUUUAUCUUGACUGCUUUACAUUUCACCUACUGCAACCAGACAGCAAAUAUGCUCAGGUCCCACAGAAGAUGAAGAAAAGCCAUGAGACAGUUUCUUUUUUAAAUAUUUUAUUCCACAUAAACAAAAUGUGUACUAUAGAAUGA